AUGUCGUCGAAGAGCUCAAGCGCAGACGGCGCAAGGCAGACUCGAAACGUCGUCAAUAUGCAAGUAUUUCCCAUAUCUACUUCAAUUGUAGCUGACCACCAGCAGGGCGCGACAUUCGUAGACCAUGCGCUUGUGACGGUACGAGGCGGUAAGGGGGGUUCGGGCGCUUCAGCCUUGGAAGCAUCCCUCCGCGGUCCUGCAGCUCCUUCAGGCGGUAACGGUGCCCAAGGCGGCUCUGUCUGGCUCACAACCUCCCCCGACCUCUCAUCCCUCGCCACCCUGAAAAAACGCCUGAUCGGCGGACAAGGCGGCACAGGCUCGGGCGCUUUUCGCCACGGCCGUAAAGGAGAAGACUUGAUCGUCCAAGUACCCCUCGGGACGAUUGUCCGCGAGCUCAAGAGAGAGGGAGAAGAAGAAAAGAUGGAGAGGGAUGAAGAAGAUUUGGGGCUGAGUGAUGAGGAGAAGAGGAAGAGCCGGUGGCAGCGGUGGUUCCUCACCCACCCUUCUGCCGGCGGCCAAGUCUCGACGGAAGAGUAUGAAGAAGGCGAAGCACUCCUCAAGAAAGAGCGCCGAUGGCUCACCCACACCCCUUCUUUCGAAGAAUCCCCUCCUCUCUACCUUGACAUAACUAAAACCCUCGCCGAACCUGUUCUUCUCGCAGCAGGCGGCUCAGGCGGCCUAGGCAAUCCCUUCUUCCCCUCCCCCCGAAUCGCCUCCAGAGGCAUCCUGCCCCCAACCCACACAUUCGAAUUCGAGCUCAAACUCCUCGCCGACGUCGGGCUCGUCGGCUUCCCGAAUACUGGCAAAUCCACCAUCCUCCGCGCUUUGACGGGGCGCAAAGCCGAAGUCGCCGACUAUUCUUUUACGACGCUCAACCCCCAGAUCGGGGUCGUACGCGUGUUUGAAGAUGGGUCGUGGGGCGAUCGCGGAGAGGAAGUUGUAGAGACUCAGAUUGAACGUGAGCGGGAAGAUAGAGCGAGGACAGAAGGGACAGGCUGGACGCACCCUACGCCUGUUCCCCGGUCGGAUAAGAGACAACUCCCCGAACGGCUCCGGUUCACCCUCUCCGACAACCCUGGUCUUCUGCCGCUCGCUUCCCAGAACGUCGGUUUGGGCCAUUCGUUCUUGCGUUCCAUCGAGCGGUCGCCUGUCCUGGCGUAUGUGCUGGAUCUGACAAAGCCAGCGCCGGAGGAAGACCUCGAGGUGUUGAAAGAGGAACUCGAGGCUUACCGUGAAGGGUUGAGUGAGCGUGCUCGAGUAGUCGUUCUCAACAAGGGCGAUAAAGUGUCAGAAGAACAAGGAAAGGAAAGGAUUGAAAAGGUCAGAGAAGUAUUAGCGGGGUGGGAUGGAGAAUUCGAGACUAUCGUCCUGAGUGGGCGGUAUGGACUCGGUAUGGACGGCCUGGUCGAUGCCCUCGCCGGAAGGGUAGAGAGGGCGAGGGAGGAAAAGGCGAUACUGGACAAAGAGAGGGAAGAGAGGGGGGAAGAGGAGAUGGAGGAUAGGGGUGUGCAGAGAAUACCGAGGACAGGCUUUGGGGUCAAGGGGUAG